GGGGGCAAAAUCCCUAGAAGUUUCGGUUUGUUUCUUUUCUGUGCAGGGUCUUCUUCUUCGCCCAAUAGUAGCCCACCCCAUCCCUACAACUUCUCUGCCCAAUGGCCGGCCUCUUUCCAUGCAAGUUCUUCUUCUUCUACACCCAACAGCUGACCUUUCUCCAUGCAAGAUCUGCUUCUUCUUCUUUGCCAAGCAGUCGAUCUUUCUCCACACAAGAUCUGCUUCUGCUUCUUCACCGAGCAGCCGACUUUUCUCCACGCAAGUUCUACUUCUUCUUCUUCGCCAAGUAGCCGGCCUCUCUCCGUGCGAGUUCUUCUUGUUCUCCGCCCAACAGCCGACCUUUCUCCAUCAUGAUCUGUUUCUUCUUCUUCGCCGAACCCGCGUGCCCUGCUCUUCCUCUCCCCCGACCCUCUGCAACCCGACGAGCCCCCCGUUACCGCCACCCAUUUCCGGCCGGGAACACCGGCAAAGCUUGGGGAUUUCUCCCUAUUUUCUUGUUCUUGAACCCAGAAAUUCCCCCCCUCUCUGCUGGAAAUUCCAGAUCUGCUCUGCUCUGUCUUCCCUGCCGGCUGCUCUUGCUUGUGGGUGUGAUUUUCGGUCUUUCUUGCCCUGUGAAUUGCCCCUGCAGAUUGCCGCUAGCUUCUCCCCCCUGCUAGGCCCGGUUCUGCAGCUGCUAAAUUCUGGUAUUGUAAUUGCACCAAACCAGAAGUCCUUCUCAGUCCGCAAUUGCACUUCGGGAUGACCUGCAAAGCCCCGAGGUGGAACUCGGGGUAGACACUCCGAUGCUUAAGUCAGCAAUAAUCGGGGCUACCUUUAGGGCGGAGAUAAGAAAAGCUUAAAGUUGGUUUCAAUUACCUUUUUGACGUGGCCCGGGGGGGUAUUUAUAGGAUCCAGUGAGGAACCCACGUGGCAUGCCAAGCAAGAUAAUCGGAGCCUGACGUGUUCAUCCAGACGAUUAUUCUGGGACCGGGAAUUUGAGAGGUAUCCAGAUGCACAAGCGUCCACCAUACUUGCUGUGCGACUCAUCAUAAGGAAUCA